AUGUCGCGAUUGAAGAAUCAAAAUUACAAGGGCCAUGGAUUGUCAAGGGGAAAAGAGCGAGAGCAGAGAGCACCAGUCCGGUUCAAGACUACUCUUGUGAACACUCUCAUGGACGUCCUUCGCCACAGGCCAGGAUGGAUGGAAGUGAAGGACGAAGGGGAGUGGGAUUUCUACUGGUGUGAUGUCAGCUGGCUGCGGGAGAACUUCGACCACACCUACAUGGAUGAGCACGUGCGGAUCAGUCACUUCCGGAACCACUAUGAGCUCACCCGCAAGAACUACAUGGUAAAGAAUCUGAAGCGGUUCCGGAAACAGCUGGAGCGUGAGGCGGGAAAGCUGGAGGCAGCCAAGUGCGACUUCUUCCCCCAAACCUUUGAGAUGCCAUGCGAGUACCACCUGUUUGUGGAGGAGUUUCGCAAAAACCCAGGAAUCACCUGGAUCAUGAAGCCUGUGGCCCGUUCGCAGGGGAAGGGCAUCUUCCUCUUCCGGAGGCUGAAGGACGUCAUGGACUGGAGGAAGGGCACUGCCGGGAAGAAGCUCACCAGCAUGGAGGCCCAGCCCACCCAGAGUGCUGUCAAUCCCACCAGCAGCCAUGACACGAGAAGUUCUGAUGACCAGAAAGAUGAGAUUCCCGUGGAGAACUAUGUGGCCCAGCGUUACAUUGAAAAUCCCUACCUGAUAGGAGGCCGCAAAUUUGACCUGCGUGUCUACGUGCUGGUGAUGUCGUACAUCCCGCUGCGGGCCUGGCUCUAUCGGGAUGGCUUCGCCCGAUUCUCCAACACCCGCUUCACGCUGAACAGCCUUGAUGACCAGUAUGUUCACCUCACCAAUGUCGCUGUGCAGAAGACGUCUCCUGACUACCACCCUAAGAAGGGCUGCAAGUGGAUGAUCCAGCGCUUCCGGCAGUACCUGGCGUCCAAGCACGGGCCGGAGGCGGUAGAGGCGCUCUUCAGUGACAUGGACAACAUCUUCAUCAAGAGCCUGCAGAGCGUUCAGAAAGUGAUCAUCAGUGACAAACACUGCUUCGAGCUGUACGGCUAUGACAUCCUCAUUGACGAGGACCUCAAGCCGUGGCUCCUGGAGGUCAACGCAUCCCCGUCACUGACAGCCAGCAGCCAGGAAGACUAUGAGCUCAAGACCCGCCUCCUGGAAGACACCCUGCACGUUGUGGACAUGGAAGCCAGGCUCACAGGAAAAGAGAAGCGAGUUGGGGGCUUUGACCUCAUGUGGAAUGAUGGCCCUGUCAGCAGAGAAGAGGGGGCUACUGACCUGUCGGGGAUGGAAAAAUUUGUGACCAACACGCACCUCGGCUGUGUUAACGAUCGGAAACAACAGCUGAGGCAGCUGUUCCGUUCCCUUCAAAUGCAGAAGAAAGCUUCCAGCUGAUCCCCAGCCACUGGAAGGAAAGCAGCCCAGGAGGUGCCACCCAGGCCUCUCCCCACUCCCAGAUUCC